AACGCUGGAACAAACCGAUAGACGAUAACAAGUAAAAAAAAUUCUGCGCGAACGACUCAUCAGCGGUUUCUCUUUCCGACGAAUUUUAUUUUUCCACCUGGUAUUAAACUCCGCGACGUGAAAAAAUUAGCAAUACUAAAGCGCGGAGAAGACGGGAAACUUUUCCAAACGCAGAUCGCGGAAUUAAGUAGGAAAAUGCAAAAGUGCGGCGCCGUGAAGUGGAAUUUCCUUGAUUGCCGCACGACGUCAUCCCCAGUCACACACUCACACGCUCGCACACACAAAUAAAUAACCAGGUGUGCACGGAGAAUUCAAAUUCGUUGAGAUUGUUGUAAAUUAUGAAAGCAAUUUAUCAAGCGGAAACUGGAAAUCGAAAGAACUGGAAAAAGGGGGAAGUAAAAGGAGGAAAAACAACAGCAACGAUUGAGGAAGAGAGAAAGAGAGAGCGGAAAAGAUAAACGCGCCUCGAUCAACGAAUACACAAAGAGAGCGAAAGAGAGGGAGCGGGAGAACAGCAGAGGUCACAUAAUUAUCUCUUCUGCUGGAUAUCGUUUUGGUUUUUUGACCUUUAAACUAUUCCCUCGAGCAUUUCUGUAGAGCGGAAAUCCCCUGAGGGAAAUGGACACCCGUGUCGAACUGGAACUGGAGCCGGUUGGCAAACAGGAUAAACUAAAUGACCAUGACCAGCAGGAGGAUGCACCAGGCUCACAAGAUAACCAGCUGGAGCUGGAGAAGAAGAGCCUGCUUACUCCAGUCAAGAUCCUUCCUGCUCAAGACGCCAGUCCCGACCUGGAAAGUAUGCCCUCAACACCACUUGCGAUGAACGUACAGCCAGGUACAUCUCGCCAGCUAUUCAAAGAAGCUGCCCUGGCCCACGGAGGUCAAGAGACCACUUCUUUGUUGCAGCAUGAGCUUAAUAACAUAGCCGCCACCCAAACUCCGGCCUCGAGACUCAGGAGCGCCAGCUCCACACUAGAUGCCAGUAUCUCUCGGAAUCCCUCUACCACAGGAGGCAAACACGAGAAGAAACUUGGCCACAGGAGAGUGGCAGAGGGUGGCGAGGUGACGUAUAAGAAGAUUCAGUCCAAGCAGAUCAUGGGAUCCAUACAGCUGGGCAUCCAACACACGGUGGGCAGCCUAGCCAGCAAGCCCAAAAGGGAUUUGCUAAUGAACGACUUCUGGGAAAUGGAAACCAUUUCAUUUCCGCCAGAUGGCUCCUCCAUUACACCUGCCCAUCACUAUAGCGACUUCCGCUUCAAGGUCUAUGCACCUAUAGCUUUUCGCUACUUCCGUGAUCUGUUCGGUAUCGCACCAGAUGACUUCCUUAUGUCCAUGUGUGCAUCUCCCCUGAGGGAGCUCUCGAAUCCGGGGGCUUCUGGCUCCAUAUUCUACCUGACAACUGACGACGAGUUCAUCAUCAAGACAGUGCAGAAGAAGGAAUGCGAGUUCCUGCAGAAACUGCUUCCCGGUUACUAUAUGAACCUCUCGCAGAAUCCCCGAACCCUGCUGCCCAAGUUUUUUGGACUCUAUUGCUUCCACUACAACUCAAAGAAUGUGCGAUUGGUGGCCAUGAACAACUUGCUGCCGUCGGACGUCAAGAUGCACUGCAAGUACGACUUGAAGGGUUCCUCUUUCCGUCGAAAGGCCUCCAAGGCAGAGCGACAGAAGGCAAGUCCCACGUUCAAGGAUCUUGACUUUGCCGAGCACCAUCCGAACGGCAUAUUCCUGGAGACGGACAAGUACAAUGCACUGAUGAGCACCAUUAGGCGGGACUGCAUGGUGCUGGAGAGCUUUCAGAUCAUGGACUACUCCCUGCUGGUGGGUAUUCAUAACCUCGACCUGGCCGCCAAGGAGAAGCGUGAGGAGCGGAUCUUGAAUGCGCGAGCCAAGUUGCAGCGGAAGGAGAGUGCCGCUCAGGGCCCUCCAUCCCUGAACACCGAUGAUGAUGCUCCGGAGGCGGAUCAGAAUCAGCUCCAUGCAGUGGCUUCUUACGCCUCUAUUCCUGGAACUUCGGCUGGAGCUGCUCUGAACCGGACUCGCAGUAUGAAUCGUCAGCGUUUAGUGGCUCACUCCACGGCUCUGGAAUCCAUUACUGCUGAUAUGGAUGUGCCUCUGGAGGAGGAUGAAGACGUGCCUGCUGGCGGAAUACCGGCUCGGUCUGAAAACGAUGAAAGGUUGAUCCUGUACAUUGGCAUUAUUGACAUCUUGCAGUCGUACCGCUUGGAAAAGAAGCUGGAGCACACCUUUAAGAGCAUCCUGUACAACGGAGACACGGUGUCCGUGUGCCGACCCUCAUUCUAUGCCAAGCGUUUCCAGGACGCCAUGGGCAAGCAAGUUUUCAAAAAGACGCCCACAUUUCCACUGAAACAUUCCCCCUCCAAACGCAAGACAUCGACCACCCAGCUGCGUUCGCCCGCCACUCGUCUUGCGCCGUUGAGCACCCCAACAGGUGGCCGUCAGCCGGUUCUGACGCUCUCCGGGAUGUCGACUCCACCGCCGGCCUUCGAUGACAUAUCCGAGGAGGACAUAACCGCCGCCUCCACCAACACGCUCCAACAACUAAGGAAUAGCAGCCAAACGAACAACAACCAGGGUGAGGUGGAGGUGGUCACCAGGGGAGUGAGCAGCAUUACGGGAGGCAGCGGGGAACCCAGCAGCACCUAUCUCAACCAGUACUCAUACGAUGGAUCCGGGCGGACUGGAAGCGCCCUGACCAGUGACUACAGCGACGACGAGUCCACGGGAACGGAUGUGAGUUCUCGGUUGCCGAAGCUUCGCACCCACCGGCUCACCAAGACGAGUGUUCAGGUCACGACGGUUGGUUACGUGGAGGGGGUCGACCAUCCGUCGUCGGGCGGGCAGGUGCACGCAGAUGUCAACGGCAAGGCCUCCAUGACGACCACCACCAUGCUGACGACCACAAAGACGGCCCACAUACAGGCGCCCAGCUACACGUCCACGCUCGUGCUCAACGAUUUGCCGCGUUGAUGUUCUGAGCGGGAUUCGGCGGGAUAUAAAGUUAUCCGGGAAAGGGAUGUAUAUAGUCUGAUGUGUAUGUGUGUCUGCAAGGUGAAAGCGCCACUCCCCCUCCCGAAAAAAAGAAAUGUUGAAAACGGAGCUCGUUUAUCUUGAUUAAACACAAAAACCAAAAACGAAUACGUAUUCGAUAUUAAAAUUUAUGUGGCGCCCGUGCUAAUUGACUGCCAAACCAGACACGCCCCUCUCACACACACACAUACAUACUCAGCUAGGGGAUUCCCCGUGCCUAUUAAAAUUUGUAAUUAUUAUUUCGCUUUUCUUUGGUUAUAAUUUUUGCGUGUGGCCUCAACUGAAGUUUGUUUUAAUUUUUAUAAUUUUUGCGCUCAAGGAACUAACUACUCAAUGGAAAUUGGGAAACGUAGUUAAAGAAAAGACGAUUGGAAACUCAGUUAUUGUCUAUAUGUGUAUGUUGCUGUAUUAUAAAGUGCGUUUACGUAUUCUAAGAUGCUCAUGUAAAUAAAGGAACGAGAAUAAAUACUUA